AUGUCCAGCUCUGCCCUGAGUCACGGAUCUACCUCAGAAAUGUCAGGAGUCACCUGGGAAAAGAAAGCAAUAGCCUCCUCCCACCUUGUUGUUCUGUGGCCACCAGAGACCCUGUAGGAUUCCUUAACCCCUCAGCAAAUCCUCACCGUGCCAGGGACUGAGCCAGCCUCUGCCCUCCCAGAGCUGACAUUCCGCGGGGCUGUACCUCAAAGCAAGGUCUGUAGGAGAGAUUUAAAUGCACCCAGCUCUCUUGACAUCAGAAUCAAUCUUCUGGGGAGAUCCCCCUCCCCUCCAUCUCCUCUGAUACAACUGAACAGAGCUCCAGAAAGACACAGUUGCCAAAUUAUUCACCCCUUCCCACCUUGUUUUUCUUAG